AUGCCUACCACAGUAGCUAUCGCUGGGCUGACGGGAAAAUUUGCGCAGUGUAUAGCCAGAUCGCUGCAGGCGUAUCCUGACGUAUAUAUCCGAGGCUACUGUCGGAGUCCAGAGAAGCUGCCGCAUUCUCUUCUGCUGGCAAGGAAUGUCGAGGUAAUCAAAGGCGAAUUCGAUGACAGGGCUGCAGCGCGUUUGUUUGUUAAGGGAGCCAACGUGGUUAUUUGCUGCUAUUUUGGCAGCCCGGAAGUGAUGGUACGGGGACAAAAGGUCCUGAUAGACGCUUGUGAAGAAUUGAAUGUCCCUCGGUACAUUGCUGGUGACUUCGCUGUGGAUUACACGAACAUACCGGCCAAUGCUAUUUUUCCGAAAGAUUCGGCGCGGAUUAUUAGGGAGUAUCUCCUAGCCACAAAAGAAACAGUUGCAGGAGUCCAUAUCCUAACAGGUGGCUUGAUGGAGACGUUCUGGAGCGAGUUCUUUGGAUGUUGGGAUCGCACUACCCGUUCAAUCUCUUUCUGGGGCACGGGCGAGGAGACAUGGGAUCUAACAACCUAUGAGACCGCAGCUGCUUACACAGCGGCGGUUGCAUUGGAUAAAAGUGCAGUUGGAGUACUGAGAUUCCGCGGUGACCGCAAAACUAUCCUUGAGAUCAAAGGCUGCUUUGACGAUGUCUAUACUGCCCCACUCAACCUUGUGAACCGGGGAUCUAUCGAAGAGCUACACGCGACGGUACUGGACUCGUUCAGAAAAAGUCCCAGUGAUGUGAUGAGCUGGGCACCAAAAUGUUUUGCAUACUGGUGCGUUCAGCCUGAAACCCAAUUGGGUGAUACACUAGAUAAUGAUCGUUACGAGAGUGUACAAGCUACAGACCUGAGAACAUUUUUCUUAUCUCACGCUGUAGACGAACUUCAUCGUGCGGAUCAGGAGCUCGGAUAUAGAAACUAG